CCUCUUUUCUUCGUUCCGGUAAUACUUCCCAAAAUUUCGACAACUAUCCCUCCAAGAAGAAGAGGAGAGGGCGAGUAAAUUAGAAAAAGAAGGAGAAGAGGGAGAAGGGAGAUGGAGCUGAGACCGGUGCCGGCGAGCGUUGCCAAGCAAGCGGAGCUCCGGAGACUCGACGGCAACGCCUUCUUCAAGAAAGAACGCAUCGGCGCCGCCAUCGACGCCUACACCGAGGCAAUUACUUUGUGCCCAAACAUUGUGGUGUAUCGGACAAACCGGGCACUCUGCUAUCAGAAGCGGAAAGAGUGGACAAAAGUUGAAGAGGAUUGCAGAAAAGCUCUCGAGCUUGACAAGGAUUCUGUUAAGGCUCACUAUAUGCUAGGCCUUGCAUUACUGGAAAGGCGAGAAUAUGUUGGGGGAAUCAAAGAAUUGGAGAAGGCUUUUGAUCUUGGGAGAGGGACAAACCCUGUGGGCUGUAUGGUGGAGGAGAUUUGGCAGUCUCUUGCCAAAGCCAAAUACAUGGAAUGGGAACAUUCAUCCAGCAAGCGUGCAUGGAGGCUGCAAAACUUGAAGGAAACCUGUGAGAAAGCUUUGGCAGAGUAUCACUUUCUUGAUGAUUCCCGAGCUGAACAUGCCUCUAAAGAUGCUGCACAUGAUCACUCUGUACAACUUGAAUUCCUGCAGGCGAUCUUUAGGAAAGCUGCACAAGCUGACACACUGACACAAGUGCCUGACUACCUGUGCUGUAAGAUUACACUUGAUAUCUUCCGGGAUCCUGUUAUCACUCCAAGUGGUGUUACCUAUGAAAAGGCAGUGCUGCUUGAACAUCUUAAUCAGGUGGGCAAGUUUGACCCAGUUACAAGGGAACCACUCGAUCAACACCAGUUGGUACCAAAUCUGGCCAUCAAGCAAGCUGUGCAAGUGUAUCUGAAUGAGCAUGGUUGGGCUUAUAAGAUGAGCUGAUGCAGUCUGGAGCUGUCAAGCCAAACUGAUAUACAUCAUUUUAUCCCUUUUGUAUUAUUGAUGCCAUCAUUGGCUUCAGCAGUGGUGAGGUGUUUUAUUUUCUGUAUUAUUCCUUCCACCGUUAUAUUGAAAAGCUUUAUUUCCUGAGAUUGGUUGUAUAAAGAUUUAUUAGUUUCUGGCAUAGAGUCUGAUUGUUGUAGUGGUCUGGGAAACUCGUCUGUAGUAUUUUAUCAAAAUACGCAAACUGAUUCAGCCAGUGGCAAAGGUUGCCCAAGGGUGGUUUGUAUUGAUGGAAUUUCUUUUUCACUUUCCAAUUCAGUGAAUUCUGUUAUCUUAGAAUAAUGGAAAAUCAGCCUGGAAUGUGCAACAAGGAAUCCAAAUUCCUUUUCAGAAUAUGCAUGCCAACAUUCAAAUUGUCUUGAAUAUGCAGUGUGGGACUGGAACAUGUUUUGUUUAUUGUUUCAAUGGACUAGUUGUAAAGGUAUUAUCUUCUGGGCCUAUGUAAACACCCCCAUGCCUCCCCCCCUCUUUCCUUUUUUUUUCUUUCUUUUCUUUUUAAGCAAAAUAAGGUUUCCAUGACUCUUCACUCUAAGAAAGUUGAGCAUAAUUUUG